ACGUCACCCUUGACGUCACACACACAGGAACACAACAAUGGCGGAUGCCAAUGCGGCGGUCCUGCUCGUGACAGUGUCGCUGGUCCUGCUGGGGCUAGUGGCCGGCCUGAGCUGGUCCUGGGCGCUGCUGCCCGUCGGUGUGGUCGUGUUCAUUUUCAUCUUGGCGCGCGGCCUGAAGUCACGCGACGAAUUCGCGCACCUGAACGUCUGCGUGCUCGUGCUCGGGGACCUGGGACGCAGCCCGCGCAUGCAGUAUCACGCGCUGUCUCUCAGCAAACACGGCUACAAUGUCACCUUUAUCGGCUUCCUCGGCACUAAACCUCAUCAGGAUAUUCUUGAGGACGACCGGAUCGACAUCCUUCCCAUUGUGGAGCAUAAAGGCCUCCCAUACGGUCCUAAAAUCCUCCGAUAUGUCACCAAGGUGGUCUCGCAGUCCCUGCAGCUCCUGUACGUCUUAAUGAAGCUGGACGAUCAGGCGUUUAUUCUCCUGCAGAACCCUCCGGGAUUGCCGAGCAUCGCGGUGGUGUGGCUGGCCAGCCGGUUGAUCGGCGCUCAGUUUGUGAUCGACUGGCACAAUUACGGCUACUCCAUCAUGGCGCUGAGUCACGGCGAGGACCAUCCCAUCGUCAUGCUGGCGAAAUGGUAUGAGAAAUUUUUUGGACGCUUCGCCGAUCACAACCUUUGCGUCACGGAUGCCAUGAGGCGUGAUCUUCAGAAGAACUGGAACAUUCGGGCGUCGACUUUAUACGACAAGCCGCCGUCGAUAUUCCGAGAAACGCCUCCGAAGCUUCGCCACGAGCUCUUCAUUCGCAUGGCCAGCGCUUACCCACAAUUCCGAGCGUGUUCUGAAAACACAGAGAGCACAGAGCUGACCGCGUUUACCGAACGAAACACUCAAACCGGGGAGGUGAUGCUUGGAGCUGGACGUCCUGCUCUUCUGAUCAGCAGCACCAGCUGGACCGAGGAUGAAGAUUUCUCAGUUCUUUUAAAGGCGCUCGAAGAUUACGAAGGGUUCGUAGAAGCAGGGGAACGUCUCCCAUCACUCGUCUGCGCCAUCACAGGUAAAGGUCCUCAGAAGGAGUAUUACGAGAAGAUCAUCAGCUCAAAAGAGUUGAAACACGUUAAGAUCUGCACUCCGUGGAUGGAAGCCGAGGAUUAUCCCGUUCUUCUUGGUUCGGCCGAUCUCGGCGUCUGCCUGCACAAGUCCUCCAGCGGUCUGGACCUGCCCAUGAAAGUGGUGGACAUGUUCGGUUGUUGUCUUCCUGUGUGCGCCGUACACUUCCACUGUUUGGACGAGUUGGUGAAGCACGAGGAGAACGGCCUGAUCUUCAAGGACGCCACCGAGCUGUCGGAGCAGCUGAAGCUGCUGUUCAAGGACUUCCCUAAUGACCAGGGGAAGCUGAGCGUCUUCCGAAGGAACCUCAGAGAGAGUGUGCAGCAACGCUGGGACGAAAACUGGGACCAAAUCACCCUGCCGCUGUUUAAGGAACACAAUGACUGACCAGUAGCAUAAAUAAUAAUAAUAAUUGUAAUAAUAAUAAUAAGAAGAGGAAGUUGAUGAGGGCACAGGGAUUCGUACAGGGUAAACAUGAACAUUUCGUUUUUGUUUUUUCUUUCUGUCAUUCCAUUAGCUCCAUCGGAUGAAACUUGAACAUGAAGCAAAAAGCACACUUUGUGUAAAUACGAUGUAAAUAGGCACUUUAUUACGUUUUUCUUUUUGUGAAGUCAGUCAGCAGCGAGCACGUUGAUGAUUUCUAUAGAAGAGACUCUGUCGUACGGGAAGACUUGCGUGACAGGAUUCGUAACGGUGACGUGUUUUAAUCCAGCCUUUUCUGCACAGAGAAGAAGAUGAAGCAGAAGAAGAAAUCACUGUUACUGUUAGUUAGCGUUACUGAUACUAUCUUGACGAUUGCCUGUCAGUGUUGUUCACUCAUUAUCCGUGUUACGUGUUAUGAAAUGGACAAAAAAUACUGACAUUAAACUCACCCAGUUCCUCCUUGAAGCUCGUGUAAGUUCCUGGGUUGCGGAUCGUCGAGGAGAUGUAAACCUCCGGAGCCUUUUUCGGAAUCUUUACGAGUUUCUCUAGUAGUCUGACCAGACAGCCGAUGAUCUCGGGAUCGUACACCACGUCUGUAUUUAGUGAAAGAAUUUUAGGAUACUGUAUAAUCACCGUCCACUUUAUUGGGAACAUAAUACACACCUGCUCAUUCAUGCAGCCAGUCAGGUGCCAGAAACAGAAUGUAAAAAAUCAAAACUUCUGUUAGAGAAGUUUGAGGUCUGAGAUGCCAGGAAGGAUGUCGUAACUCUUGUAAUCACUCUAUACAACUGUGGUGAGCAGAAAAGCAUCUCUUACUGAAUCUCAUGUGAUCAAGUGUUUCUAUUA